AUGGCCGGGUGCCGCAGGAACCGACUUCUGCUGUCAGCUGCAGGUUCUGGCAUUCCCAGCUGGAGGGGGCCACGGGUACCUUCCCUGGCCAUCGUCUCCAUUGCCCUUCUCUUGCCCCUGUCCUGCCUCUCCUCUGGCUGCCCAGAGGUUUGCAGCUGUUCCACAGGGGAAGUCAACUGCAUGGACCACAGGCUGCGCUUUGUGCCUGACGGCCUGCCCACCAAUGCCACAGCCAUCCUGCUGGACUACAACCGCAUUUCCAGCCUCCGGAACCGGACCUUUGUGGCCCAGGAAGCCCUGCUGCGCCUCAGCCUCCGCAGCAACCUUCUUGUGAGCAUCCACCGCCAGGCCCUGGCCGGCCUGAGCCAGCUGCAGGAACUGGACCUCAGUGGGAACUACCUGAGCCUCCUGCAGCCAGAGACCUUCCUGCCUUUGCCUAGUCUGAGGACACUCAACCUGGGAAACAACAGGCUCCUGCGGCUCGAGCCAGAGCUGGUGGGUGCCUUGCCCCGUCUCCAGAGCCUCUCAGUGCAGGGCAAUGCCUUGGCCUCCCUUGGACCGGGUGUCUUCGAGAACCUGCCCUCCCUACUCUCCCUGAAGCUUGGUGACAACCCCUGGGCAUGCUCCUGUGGCAUCCAGCCCCUCUUCCAGUGGCUUAUGAAGAACGUGGACAAAGUCCCAGAGGUGAACGCAGUCUCCUGCAAGCGCCCAGAGUACCUUUCCCAUCACCCCAUCAUUGCUCUUGGGAACGGAUCUUUUGCCCGAUGCCAGGAGCCCUGGCUGCAGCCCCAGGACUAUGCCUUUUUCCUACUCGUCGGCCCCUCGACUUUCUUUGCCAGCAUCUGCGUCUGCAUACUUGCUGGCUUACUGGCAGUGGCCUGUCAGAGGAUGGCGAAAGUGCCACACAUUCAGCCGGGAGCCUUGGCAAGGCGAGCAGAGCGCCACCCACGCUAG